AUGGCCGAUCCUGCGGGAGGUGUGCCUCAACAACUGUUACCUCAUAUGCACCUCGUUUCGAGUUAUCGGUACCCCUUGAUGAACAACCUCUCCCACGAAACCGCCGUUGAAUACCUCAUCUCUGCCCCCAAAGUUGUACGAGAGCUACAGACCAUGCAUUGGAUGUUCCUUGAUGGCCCGCCUGAUGGAACCGUGAUACUCGUUUGGCAGCCGCUGAAUCAUUUGGGAACUAAUUUCGCUAGCGAUGGUUAUGUGUGGGCUGACGCUGAGCAGCUCUACAGCACAGAAAUAAGAGGCUAUAAUUUGGAGUUAUAUCUUCAGCGCUGUGGAUACCAUCCUCCCAACGAACAGAUUGCUACACAUUGCCGAAAGCGGUACCGCCUUACGCCAACCAAAAACCCGAAUGCGAACGUUCUUCCCUGUGACCCAUCUUUAUGGAUAAUUCACUACUCUAGAACGCCCGCCGGGGAUCAAAUACCCGCUAAUCGCAUUCUUGUCACCCCCCAGAUGCAGAAUAUCCUUGCCCAACGACGUUUCCUUCAAAGCCAGGGACAGCUUGUGCGCAAGGAGUUCAUGCUUCAUGACCGAAACAGUUGGCCUACUAUCAACCUUCCCCCGCAAGUAGGACAACAAAACUUUAUGCCACACGGUGCUCCGUACGCAAACCCUAUGCUAGGCCGGCAGCAAUCUGGCCCAUUUUACCAGCAACAACAAGGUCAGAACUUACCAGGGCCUCAAAGCAAACCCUCAAGAUCGAACCGCGCCAAAGAUGUGGGCGACGAGUUCUGGAGAGUCGAGGGACAUUUAGACACUUCUACGAGGGAGGAGUCGCCUCCGGUUGAGUAUUCCGACAACCGCCCCAAGGCGAAGGUUGAUGAUAUCAUCAACAACCUCCAGAAAGCUUUGGGGAAAUCGAUUGUGCGCAUCACAGAAAUUUCCUGUGUUGAGGAAGGAGGUCUUCAGAAAAGAGUGGUGCCGCCUGAAACUACUAGUGAUUCUUCUCGCAGAGAUAUUGACAUGGGCAUGAGCUUACGUCAAGCAGCUGACUCCAAGCAACAACAGUCACCAUCACAUGCUGCUUCAGCAGGUCCGGUGCCAACCCCGGUAGCUGCUCCAACUACCCAGCAGACUGAAGUUGGAAAGGUUUCAGCUCUUCCAGCAGGCGCCACCCUUCAAACACCGUCGACAUCGGGGCUGCCACUUCCCACCGAGCCUUCCAAACCAGAUGGUAGUGGCGAUGUCGAAAUGGGUGGAGUUGAGCUUGCAAAUGCUGCUGCUGCCACCACCAUCACAGGAAACCAAACGGGUGAAUGGGUGAUCGUCAGCAAGGAAGAGGGCGCGGCGCCACAGGAUGCUAGUAUCGCUGUUGUUUCCGCUAUCGAAGGAGGUUACAACCACCCUACGAGCACAGAAUUGACAGGCGCAGCGGCUCCAGCACCAGUAACAGCAGCAACUGGAGCCGACAUACCAGUCAGUGAGCUUCAAGGACUAAAGUCUGCCGCAAAUACCGACCUGAGCGAAGCUAGCGCCCUAGAAACAAGUAAUUUUGACGAUGCAGCUGAAUUCAGCAAUUUGGAUUCCGUUGCCGAUGCGUUGGCGGCGUACGGUGAGCAAAAUGACGACUUGGGAAUGGGAGACCUCGAUAAUUCUGCAUUUGGGGAAGCUUUUCAUGCUUCGGAGGCGGAGCGUUGA